UGAUCCCUGACGUUCAGCAUCAGACUUGAACUACUCUGCUUACAUCGGUUUAGAAUGCCCAAAGUCAAAUCCAACGUCCAAGCCAAAGCCAGUGCCACCCAAGGGCCAGCAGGAGCUGUGUUAUCCACCCAAUACUCGGGGUUCCGCCCUGUCCCCGUUCAUAUCACCCUAUCUACCGAUCCCACUACAAAAGCCGCGAAGGGUAAAGCACCUGCUGCCCAUUACCUAUGGAUCCGAGAACAUAAGACUCGAGCCAGCCAGGUCUCUGCUGGACCUUCUACGGGCAAAGUUGACCCGGUCCUCGUCAAACCUACCUUGCAAACGAACGCUGCAGACCAAGGUCGUGGAGAACCAAGCUCUGCACCGGGGAGGACGCUGUUCGUAGCGAAUUUGGCUGUAGAUAUGGAUGCCGAGGAUAUCAGGUCCGUGUUCAAGGAGUACGGACCUGUGGAGAACAUCUCGAUCAAGGUCUCUAGGGUUGGGAAUGAGGGGGUGGAGGCUUGGAUGGAUAGCGACGAUGAAGACGAGGUUGAGGACGAAGACGACGAGGAAUUGGAGACUCAGGCUGAAGACGGACCUAUGCAUGCCGAAGGUGGAAUCGACGUCGAGACAUCAGCAAACACUUCUCGGCCCGCUCGACCUGCGACCACAGCCGGAACCGAGUCGAACAAGAAACGCCGACGUAAACACAAAUCCGGCCCCUCCGCUCCGUCCAUCAUUCCUCUCCCCUCCCUCUUCCCCCGUUCUCAACCUUUCCUGCCCUGCUCCUCUUCCGCUUAUGUCACCUACCUCUCCCCCCUCUCCCUCCAACGAGCAUUAGAGCACGCUCCUACCCGCCCAGCCAUUACGCUCGUACACUCCGCCAAGGAGACCGGGUUGGCGUACUACACUCAGUUGCACAAGGCUACCCGGCCAGACAUUUCGGCCGUGAAGAGUCAUGCGGAUUCGGCUUUGGCGUUGUAUGAUCACCACCUCGAAGUUCAACGCCGCAAGACGACCCAGGGUGCCAUCGUCGACGAGGACGGAUUCACCCUCGUCGUCCGUGGAGGCAAGUUCGGGAGGACCGCAGGAAAGGGAGCGAGCGGGGUCGGGGUGGCUUCGAGGAGGUUCGUCCUGGAUAGCAAAAAGGUACAAGCCGGUGGGGAGGCUACGGUGGAUGCAAGGGAAGGGUUACAGAGAGGCAAGAAGAGAAAGGGAGGGGUGGAGUUGGAUGGGUUCUACCGGUUUCAGAGGAAUGAGAAGAAGAGACAGGACCUGGCGGACCUCCGAAAGGCGUUCGCCGACGAUCAAGCCAAGGUGGCGGACCUCAAGGCGCAGAGACGGUUCAAGCCUUAUUAGAGCGGGACAAGGCCACGGCAGUCGAGGGGCGACGGGACUUGUUCGAUUCACUUAUUUGUAUGCUGUUCACUUAUAUCAUAUGUUCAUUUGUUCCAUUUCCGUAUGCAAAGCACUCAG